UUUUUUUUUUUUUUUUUUGAGUUGCGAUGAUUGAUUACAUGGAGGAAGGAGAUAAUAGGAGCAAGAUGAUGGGGUCGUGAUUGGAAGGAGCACAGCAGAAGAGCUCUGGUACCCUUAUUGGCAUUACCAGAGCCACAAUUGGAGAAGAGAGUGGAGGACUUAGAGGAGAAAAUACAGGCCGGACAAGAAGGUUUUCAAGACUCCAUGAUGAAGCAGAUCCAAGCCUUGACUGAGCAGAUGGCAUUCAUGGUAAAGAAUCAAAAUUCAAACACCCACCUCCUCGGAUAGAGUCUGGUAACCAUAACUCGGGGGUUUGGUGCACUACUUGUGGCCAAAAUGGACAUUCAUCUCUUCAGUGCCGAGUAAGGCCUCAAGGUAAUCCAAAUCGUCAACCAUACCAGCCAACACAGGGCUAUGGAAGAGAUAGAGGACCUCAGCAGCGGCAAGGAGGUUAUCAAGGUGGUCUUCAAGGAUAUGGUAGAAGUGGCAAGCCUCGGAAGGAGUACCAUGAGCUUUGCAGGAGAUGGCAUGAGCCGGGUCAGUGCUGGGAUGAUGGCCAACUACGGCCGUGUGGCAAUUGUGGUAGCAAUCAUCCUACCCAUGAAUGUAGACAACCUGACAAGGUAAUUCAACUACCACCACCAAUAAUAAAUCCUUAUGAGAACGCGCGGAAUAACAUGAGAGAUCAGAGACGACCUCAUGGUGAUGAUCAGAGGACUAAAACCUCCUAAUCUCUACUACAACUAUGAGGAUUUCAGACAAAACCAUCAACCUUCGGAAGGGUUACAAACCUCCCAAGGUUAUAUCCCAGUUGCCCAAAAUCAACAAGGCGGCUAUCGAAACUAUGCAAACGAAAAACAAGGUCCAUCUUCUAACCAAGAUGUUAGAGUAGCAGAAGAGGUCUUAUUGAAGGGUCCUGUGCCAUCUCUAGCAAAGACCACAGUGGUGAUUGAAGAACAUGAAGCACCUUCUAAUUUAGUGACCCAUGAAUUGAAGAAAAACGGAGGCGGUGGCCAUGAGAAUGCUACUUUGGCUGUGAUUACCCGAGGGCAAGCUCAUAGGCAAUCACCAAUCGAUGAAGAAGACUCAAAUAGUAGUGAGUCUGAAGAGUUGUUGGAUUUAGUAGCUCUUGAGGCGGUUGCAAAGGAGGUGGUAAAAAUUACAAGGGAGGUAGGCGGCGCAGUAGGUGAUGAAAGGUCAUCUGAAGGCUCUGAUCCAGGUAAAGGGUUAGAACCGGGUGAAUGGGAGGGUCCAGAUAUUCCAGAGGAGGAGUUUGGAGGGUUGAGUGAUACGACGCCAACCUCUUACUAGAAGUAUGAUCUCUGGAGGGACUUGCGGAGGAUAAAGGCUGACAUCUCAAUUGCUCAACUAUUGGAGAUAUCUCCUUUGAUGAGGAAGAGUUUCAAAGAAGGAUUGCCUAGGGCGAAGAGGAAGAAGAAGACUCAGAAGAGGACAGUGGCUAGGGUACAAGCAUCUAUUAGGCCAAUGGAUGUGAAGGCAGUGGAGAUCGAGGUCACUAUCGUGGACAAGAUGGUUCCGAAUGUGCUUAUUGAUGGAGGUAGUGGGCUUAACAUCAUGCCACUUCAUACCAUGGAGAAGUUGGGGUUGAAUUUAACCGGACCUUCACCAUUUGUAUUAAACAUGGCAGAUCAGAGUCCUGCUAGGCCUUUAGGCCAGAUCACGAACUGUAAAAUCUCUACAGGGGAGGAGGAUUAUUUAGUGACCUUCCAUGUUAUCAGGAUGCACACUUCCAAAGAAUCUUUUCCACUUCUGUUAGAUCGUCCGUGGUUGAGGAUGGCCAAUGUCGCCAUCAUGUGGGGUGGUGAUAAGCCCUCCAUAGUUUACGGUCCAUAUGAAAACCCCACUAAAGUUAGAAUCAAGCCUUUGAUAGGACUCGAGGUGGUUGACACCAUAUCUAUUGGAGAAGGCACACCAUUAAAAUCCGUGGAUGGGAUGACGUUUGAAGCUGAGGUUCAAACCUUGAAGUGUCUUGGUCCAAAUCUCCACCAUUGGUCAGACAAUGGAGAGUAUGCCAAGUGGCUCCAGGACAACCUUGAUUCUUCAUCAGAAUUGACGGCAGGAUUGAAUUUCAUUGGAAUGGAGUUGGACGAUGGUUUGACACCUUUAAUUGAGGUAGAUGUCCAUUUGAUUGGAAUAGAGGAUGUUGAAGGAGUAGAGGUUUUACAGGAAAGUGAGCAUUUGGGAGGAUCAUUGAAAUUUAAGACUGGUUCUUCGGAAAUUACGGUUGGAGAAGACGUUUUCAGUUAUCCCAAUGUGCCUUCGGAUUGGUAUCAAGAUAACAAUGAGCAAUCUCAUAUUGUCGUGUUGUAAUACGAGUAUACAGUGAAAAUAAAAAGAAAGGGAAAUUUUAUUAAUAUUCAA